AUGUUCAGCACACUCCUCAGCUUUGUUGUCCUCGCGACGGUGGUAUCGGCACAGAACGCCGUCUACGGACAGUGCGGUGGUAUCGGUUGGAGCGGUGCCACCACCUGCGUGUCCGGAUCAACAUGCACGGUCAUCAACGACUACUACUCCCAGUGCUUGCCAGGAAGCAGCGGCGGCUCCGGUGGCGGCGCGACGACCACCAGCAAGGCUGGAUCCACUUCGACCGCAUCGGCUCCCGCUUCUAGCUCAAGCGCGACGCCCGCUGCCGGCAACCCUUUCACUGGAUUCACCGCGUUCCCGUCCAACUUCUACGCUGCCGAGGUCACCGCCGCUGCCGCGUUGAUUUCGGACGCGACAACCAAGGCCAAGGCGCUCUCCGUUGCCAAGAUCCCUUCGUUCACCUGGCUCGACACUGCCGACAAGGUUCCCGUUCUCGGUCAGCUUCUCGGGAACGCAAGUGCCGUCCAGAAGAGCUCCGGCGCGAAGCAGCUCGUGGAGUUCAUUGUCUAUGACCUCCCCGACCGUGACUGCGCUGCUGCUGCCUCGAACGGCGAGUACAGUUACGCCACCGGCGGUGCGGCUCAGUACGAGGCGUACAUCGACUCGAUCGCCGCACAGGUCAAGCAGUUCCCUGAUGUCCGCACUGUGGCUAUCAUUGAACCGGAUUCGCUCGCCAACCUCGUCACCAACCUGAACGUGCAGAAGUGUGCCAACGCCCAGUCCAACUACUUGUCCAGCGUCAACUACGCUCUUAAGACGCUCGCGGCUGCUGGCAUCUAUAUGUACAUCGAUGCUGGCCACGCUGGCUGGCUCGGUUGGCCCGCGAACCUCUCGCCCGCUGCCCAGCUCUUCGCACAGGUCUGGAGCGACGCCGGCAAGAGCCCCUUCAUCCGCGGUCUCGCAACGGACGUCUCCAACUACAACGCUCUUACCACCUCUUCGCCCGACCCGGUCACCCAGGGCGACAACAACUACGACGAACAGCUCUACAUCAACGCGCUCGGUCCUCUCCUCCGCCAGUCUGGCUGGGACGCGCAAUUCAUCGUCGACCAGGGCCGCUCCGGUGUUCAGAACAUCCGUACAGCCUGGGGUGACUGGUGCAACGUCAAGGGCGCCGGCUUCGGUAUGCGCCCCUCGUCUGAUGUGACCUCCAUCUCUCAGUACCUCGACGCCGUCGUCUGGGCCAAGCCCGGAGGCGAGUCUGACGGAACGAGCAACACGAGCAGCUCCCGCUACGACUUCCACUGUGGCCAGUCCGACGCUGCCCAGCCUGCCCCUGAAGCUGGACAGUGGUUCCAAGACUACUUCGUCUCUCUCGUUACGAACGCCAACCCUUCUCUUUGA